AUGGGGCGCCUGAGCGGCAGCACCACCUCACCUUCCUCCUCGUCCUCCUCCUCCGCCGCCUCCAACGAGAGCCGCAGCCUCUGGGGCGUGCACAUGCUGCUCCGGCCGGUCACGGGCGCGCAGCGCCACAUCAAUCCGAUGCUCCAGCUCGGCCGCCGCCCCGCGCACCACGGCCUCCGCCCCACGCUCGUCAGCACCCGGUGCGUCCACUCCACCACCGACACGCACCCGCUCAGCCCCUUCCGCGUCGACGCCAUUUCCGACGGCUUCAAUGACUGCGGCGCGGACGGGCGGAGCUGCUCCGAGCCUCCGAUCCUGUGGCCGACGCCGAGGGCCGCCGCCUCCUGCGCGGGCUCGUGUACGACCCGCGCCUCCCGUGGGCGCGCCGGGUGGCGGGCGUCGCGCGCGGCCGCGGCGCUCCUGUCACAGCCGUGCUCCGUCGACCUCAUCUACGGCGAGUUGUGGGCGGGGCGGCUCUCGCUGCCGGUGACGGACGGCGUCGAGCUGUAUGACCUGCUUGGCGUGUAUCUUGGGCACGCCGACGUGACGCCGUUCCCCGCGAAACCGGCCGGGCUGGUGCCCUACGAGCAUUCAUCAUGUCAAUAA